AAAGAAAUUCAAAUUUUAGAAACAAUUUAUUAUUACCUUUAAUAAAUAGUUUAAUCCUAUAAUAAAGUCUAAAUUAUUGAAUUUAAAUUGGAUUGGUUGCAUUUGUCUCAAUUUUUUACUCUUUCAAUGCCAAACAUGCCGGGUGCAGAUGUUGUGUUUGUUUUGACAUUUCGUAUGUAUUUACCAUAACCUCCACUGAUAACAUUUUUCGAAAUGUUUAUUGCUGAAUAAACAAAACAAUAGCAAGCAAUGUCCAGCGAAGACAUCCAGGAACAACAAGAUAACGAAUUUGAGGCUUUGAAGGCGAUAUAUGUCGAUGAUGUGCGCGAUUUGCGUAAUUCUGCUUGGAACAUAUGGCAUCCACUGAAGUUUUCUCUAACUUUAACUCCACAACAAGGAAGCACAGAUGAAGCAAAUGCCAGAGUUGAUCUGCUGGUGACCUGCUCUGAUCGAUAUCCUUUUGAGGUGCCACAACUAGGCAUAUGCAAUGAAAAGGGCAUUUCAAAGGAAGAAGCUCAACUGUUGCUCAAGGGAUUGCAAAAAGAAGCUCAAAAACAUGUGGGGAAUGCCAUGGUUUUUGACCUGUCAAUGUAUGUACAAGAAUUUUUAUUUGAACAUCGAAAACCAUCAGAAACAAGCUUUUAUGAGCAGAUGAUUCAGAGACAACAGCAACAACAACUUAAAGAGCAAGCAAAGUUGGAUCAAGAGGCAAGUAAAUGUUUAUUCUUCUUCAGAAAAAUGCAAUUUAAAUCAGUUAAAUGA